CGCUCCCGGGCCUGGGCAGAGCCGCUGCGGAGCUGGGGGAGAGCCGGGAAAGGGGCCGCGCUUUGGAAACUUCCCGGGAAAGUGACCGAGAGAGUGCAUGGCGGGCGAGAUGGGGAGAGGGGUCUGCAGCUGUGUAGGGGUAGGGGUACCUGCCCCCGGGGCACGGAGCUCUUCCCGGGGUUUCUCAACGCUCCCCAGCAGCUCCGGCUCCUUAACGGCCGUGAAGUGGGGUGUCCGGGCCCCGUAGCCGAAUGUAAAUGGGGCAGGAGCGCCGGGUCUCCCCGCUGCGUUCAGCGACCUCUCCGGCUUGUGCUACUGACAAUCCUGCUGGGGCCCCCAAAGGGGGGGGUUGCUGAUGCUCCAGGAGACCCCAGAUUUCCCGGGGGUGGGGUCUCUGCCCCUAAGCAGAGUUUGCCCCCCUCCCGUGGAGGGGUUGGAGAGCGGUGGGCUGUGCCCUCCUCCUCCUCUCCCCCCGCCAAGUGGAGGCAUUGAGACCCGUAGCGAGUAGCAGGGCUGGUUUGUUUUCUCUUGAUCUGGGGCCAAACGCGAUGGGCAUUUCGUGGAAGGAGCUGCUGGUGUUGUAAAUCAGCUCGGUGGGAUCUCUUCCCCCCCCCCCCCCCCCGCCAGCUUGGGAGAUUCCCUAGCACAAUCCCCGCGUGUCUGUGUGUGUGUCACUGGAGCUGCAGUUGCGCCUGCCUCCCGGAGCGAGGGGGACUUUCCCAGUGGGCGAGAUUGGACCGAAGCGUAUCGAGGCUUUCACAAGCUGAGUGGUGGGAAACUCCGUAUGAACUUUCCAGAGAAAGCGGAGGACCAGAAAACCCCGUGGACAGCCCGCCCGUCUGAGAAGGCGGGGGCCCUGUGCCUGGGGACUGUGGCGUACUUCUCUGGCACCCCUUGCACGGAGGGCAGCCCCUCCGGCUAGAAUCCAGCCCGUGGGCCAUUUACUUCGCAGGGCCCGAGAGCGCACUAGGGGCUGCCAGUGGGAAGGAGCGAUCCCAGCCUGGAGGGGCUUGAGCUGUCCGAGGCGGCAACUAGCCAGCAGCGAUUAUGGCUCUUUCUUCAGCUGCCUGUUUUGGAGGAAAACUUUAAAAGAUCUGCGUUUAAUGGAGUUUGUCUUUCGGUGCAAGCGGGUACCAUUGCAAUGCUAGAUCUAUAUAUAAAUAACCUCUCGCUAACGUUUAGUAAAUGGAGCUAAUUUGACCUGCCACAGAGGACUCUUCCUUAAGAAGGUUAUUUACUUCAGAACACUUCUGUCUGACGCUUGGCCAAACAGCUGCGUCUGCUGGGAGCUGCCUUUACUUUGCCAUGCUGGCUUCAUUAAAAGCUGUUGUUCCUGGUGUGGGUUUAAACUCAAGGUAGCGAUGGCACUGUAAUGGGAAAGGACUGCCCUGAAUGAAGGUGGACUUGUAGCUGCUCCAGGAGGGUUUCUCCUGCUGGAAUGCAGCAGCUGCUGCCAAGUUACUAGGCCUUAGCUGUGGUGGAGGCAGGUGCUCUGAUCUCAUUCAGCCAUGCCAGCUUAUUCCAGAAGCUAGAGUUGGAAAAGUCCCAUUUUACUACCAGUGCAGGAUUGUUCCCAAUAGUUCACAAUGCCUUGUGCAGUCUGGUGUAAGGAUAUCACCUGAGGCUCCUCCCAUCAGCCUGUCGCCUGUGAUUGUUAUCCAGCCUAAUAAAUCUUGCUUCCUGGGGUACAGAGCCGUCUAAUCUCUCUCCCUUCUUGAUGUUUGCCUCUCUGCUAACACAGAUCCUGGAAGUGAAGGAAGAUGGGAUCCAACUGUUUGAAAGUCACCAAGUAUUUUCUCUUCCUUUUCAACCUCCUCUUCUUUAUCCUGGGUGCUGUGAUCCUGGGCUUUGGAGUGUGGAUCUUAGUCGACAAAAGCAGUUUUAUUUCAGUUCUGCAGACCUCAUCUGAAUCGCUAAAGGUCGGUGCAUACAUCCUCAUUGGAGUUGGGGCCGUCACCAUGCUGAUGGGGUUCCUGGGCUGUGUUGGAGCAGUCAAUGAGGUCCGAUGCCUCUUGGGUCUGUACAUCACCUGUCUCCUGCUGAUCCUCCUAGCUCAGGUUGCUGCCGGGCUACUCAUCUAUUUCCAGCAAGAUGCACUGAAAGCAGAAGUGUCCAUCGUGGUCCGUGACCUCAUUCGGGAUUAUGACCCUUAUGAUCCAGACAAAAAGAGCAUCCAGGAUGCAUGGGACUAUGUACAGGAACAGCUCACUUGCUGUGGCUGGAUUGGGCCACAGAACUGGACGGAAAAUGAGAUCCUCCUGAACAGAAGCCUGACUUACUACCCCUGCUCCUGCUCCAAUGUCUCAGUUGACGGUCAGCAUAAGAGUGGCUUCUGUGAAUAUGUUCCUAAUAAUAGGACUGUGUCAGUUGCUGACUGGCCUGUUUAUACAAAGGGCUGCAUGAAGAAUGUGCAGAGCUGGUUACAGGACAACCUUGGCAUCAUCCUUGGAGUCUGUACAGGUGUUGCUGUCAUUGAGCUGUUGGGGAUAGUGCUGGCCAUUUCACUCUGCAAGAACAUACACAGAGAAGAAUACAGCAAAGUACCCAAGUAAUGAGUCUUCUGAUCCUAGUGCUACCCCACCGCAGAGAUGCAAACAGAACAUUCCUGCCUCAUCCCCCUCACACUGACCAUUACUCCAGUGAGAUCCCAUUUCUCUCAAAACACUGAGGAACUGUAGUGGCGCAAUACAAUAUGACUCUUCUGGUGAUCAGAGCCCUGGGCAGCCCCUCUCCUGUCUCUGGAUAGUUCCUACUCUGUGAAGCGGGCCAUUUCUCUAUCUUGCAUCAUAUGAUCUGAUCAACCUGGGAGGGCACGAAGUUUUCACUGCUAACUCCAUGUUUAACCGUCUCCUUCCCAUCUUCAUUCCCUUCCAGUCCAUGAGGCCAACAAUAGAAUAAUCCUCCUCCCCAUGCCACCUCUGUUCACCAUGUGAGCUGGGAAUCCAAUGAACCAGCAAGAAGACUGAGGGCUUGGCCUACUGGUGGUGGUGAUGGGUCACCCGUUGUAGUACAUUGUGGGUGAAAGAAUGCUUCCCUUCCAAUUAGCUUCACUUUGUCUUCUCCCUGCCCUUACCCCCAUCCAACUCAGACUGAAUCUGAGCAUACAAGGUUCUAGACAGACACCCCUGGCUCCCCAAAAUCAUUCCUCCCAUUUUUUUGGAGUAAACCAAACACUGCCUUCCAUGUAGCUCCCUUCUCCUUCUCAUUAGAUUAGAAGCCUCCUGGAAGGAGCCAAGCCCACCUGUUCCAAGUGUGGACCAUCCAACAGCUUGUGAUGUCAUUGCCGAGCUGCUCUUGGAACACAGGCAGAUGGGUCUUGGGCUUUGCUAAUUACAUAGCCCCUUCUUCCAUCCCUAGUCCUCCCUUUCACUGGCUCCCUGUUGGCUCAGUGGCACUUUAGAGACUGACUAGCACAGGUGUCUGUGGGCUCAGCCCUGACUGGCUCUGCUGGCAUGUUCUUAGGUUGCCAACUUUUAUAGAGGUGAUGACUAUUUUUCCGAUAUGAAAUCUACGAUUUUUAAUACUGUGUUUUUUUUAAUUAUGAUAAGACAAAAGCAUCUGUAUCUCGAUUGCUGGCCAGGGAGGGAUGGCUGCCACUGGAGUCCUGGUCAUGGGGUACAGGGAGGAGUUUGUCCGUGUUUGGAUUGCUAACUAAGUGCCUCGGGGCCUGGAAUCACUCUCAUUGGUAUCUGGAUCAUGGGCUUUAAGGGGAGUUGCUACAGUGGGUAUCCUAAUAGCUGGCUCCACACAACCGCUGAUGGUUGGAUUGCUGGCUCUAUUCUAGGUGAGGAAAUGGGGUGGCUUGGUGCCUGGACGUCUGGUUGUGUGUGCAGUGACAAGGUCGCUGCUGACUGAGACCUGGGGAAGAAGGGGAGUUACUGCUUACAAUAUUCAGAGUACUAGCUUCCAUUCACCCUCCUCUUCAGGCCCCGCAUCAAAACCCCUGAAACAGCCAGCUUGUGACUGCAGCUCUACUCUUGCCUACUGACCUUUGCCUAUUGCCUUCUUGGAAACCCAAAUGAGGUUGGGGUGUUCACGCUCAUGGCGCAUGUGCUGCCCAAUUUUGGGGAUCAUAAAGGGACAAGUGACACCUACCAACCUUGGACAUGUUGGCAUCUCUAUAACAAAGGGAAAUGGAUCUGGUGAUUGUGCUGACUGUGGCCAGCAGCAAGGGGCAGCUCUAAUGUACCUUGGGUGAAGAAAUCCACCCCCUGCCCCCGAAAGGAGCUGUCCUGGGGUCCCUAAUCUCUCUCACUGGCAUAGGAGGCUUGGGGGAGGGAUGCUCUUGCAGUGGUGGAUGGAAGUCAUUGCCCUUGCAAGGGAAGGUGUGGGCUACUUUACUUGGCCUGUGGAGGCAUUUCUAGCUAUGGAAUGUGAUCCUGGUCUUGGGUACAGGGGCCUGGUGGGUGAGUCUGCCUUCAAUAGCAAGCAUGAAGCCCUAUGCACUGGCUCUCCAGGCAUAGUCUCCAAUUCCAACUAAAGGGGUAGGCUGGCUGGCUAGCUACUCCUCCCUUGGCAGAGGGUAAAGAAGUGCAGAAGCCUCCAGGGAAUUGGUAGUCUCAGCAGUGGGCCAAGGACUGAAUGGUCCAUGGAGACUGCACUUCCCUUUCGCCCCAGAUGCCAUCCCUCCAGGGAAAGCUAAAUCUAUGUAGACCAACAGCACUGGGGAACGUUGCUAUUGCAUUUCUAAGGUGAUUUGAGUCUUUCUUUCCUGAAUCCCCUCCUCUUUGUACGGAUCCCUCCAGCCUAAUGCUUACAGGGGUGGCGCCUUUUUAUUGCUCUGAAGUGAAGCUAGCAUCCCAUCCCCCCCAUCUCUUGUAGUAACUAGAGGCUUGUACCCUAAGGUGGUUUAUUUGUUGGCAUCUGAACUGGAGAACAAGAGCCAUAUGCUGAGCAGAAAGGAAGUGGAGCCCCUGCUGAGCUUUUUUUCUUUGUCUUUUAGGGACCUCUUCCUACUGGAAGAAACGCAUGUACAGAUCUAAAACAUAGAGGGUAUUUCUGCAAUAAAGAGAUUUACUUAAAAAACA